AUGGCCCACGGUGUCCUGUGGACCGUGCUUGGACUACUGCUGUGGACAGAACUGGGCACAGCCUCAUUGCCCCUGGUUAUGGACUCUGUCAUCCAGGCUCUGGUUGAGCUUGAGCAGAAGGCUCCAGUGAUGGAGGCCAGCAGAGGGGCCUCUGCACAGAGUCUACCAACCAAGGACUCCAACCCCCACAAUCCUCUCCACCACUUCCUGCUGGGAGCUCCAAGCCUCAAAGCUGUCAAAUUGGUUCCUCACUCACUGAGCCCACAGCUUCAAGACUUGAUCAACAGGGUGACCCAACAUGAUGUACGAGGUGGGCAGGAGUAUGGAGUGGUGCUGGCCCCUGAUGGCUCCACAGUGGCUGUGAAGCCUCUACUAGCUGGACUGGAGGCUGGGCUGCAGGGGCGCAGGGCUGUGAACUUGUCCUUGGCCAGCCAGGCCACCCCUUGGGAUACUGGAGACACCUUGCCAGGACUCAGGGAUGCUUCUCCAGAUGUCACCUCUCCAAAUGUCAGAACUGUCUUACCAAAUGACAAAGCCAAGCCCCCCACAACUGUAGACAGCAUCCUGGCUGUUACCCUAGCUGGAGACCUGGGCCUGACCUUCCUCCAAUCCCCCCAGACUCAGAGCCACCCUGGCCUGGGAACAGAAGGCUGCUGGGAUCAGGUCUCUGUCCCUCAGACCUUCACAUUGCUGAACCCCAAGGCAUCGAUGGUCACCAUGGCCUUCCUCAAUGGUGCCCUGGAUGGAGCCCUCCUUGGAGACCACCUGAGCCAGAUCCCUGAGCCCCGGCCACCUUUCAGCCAGCUGCUGAGCCAGUAUUAUGGAGCUGAGGUGUCUGGGGACCCAGAGUUCCGCAGCAAUUUCCGUCGGCAGAAAGGAGCUGCUCUGACUUCAGUCUCAGACUUGACUCAGCAGGUGUGGGGAACACUCAUUCUGCUACAGAGGCUGGAACCUGGACACCCCCAGCUACAGAACAUGACCCAAGAACAACUGGCCCAGGUGGCCUCCCAUGCUACCAAGGAGUUCACUGAGGCCUUCCUAGAAUGCCCGGCCAUCCACCCCCGCUGUCGUUGGGGAGCUGCGCCAUACAAGGGCCGCCCUACGCCACUGCAGCUGCCGCUUGGGUUCUUAUAUGUACAUCACACUUACGUGCCUGCGUCACCCUGCACCACCUUUGCGCGCUGCGCAGCCAACAUGCGCUCCAUGCAACGAUUCCACCAGGACACACAGGGUUGGGACGACAUUGGCUACAGUUUCGUGGUGGGCUCCGAUGGCUACGUGUACGAGGGCCGCGGCUGGCACCGGAUGGGUGCACACACGCGCGGCCGUAACUCUCGGGGCUUCGGCGUGGCCUUCGUGGGCAACUACACGGCGACACUGCCCACUGAGGCCGCGCUGCGCACCGUACGCGAUGAGCUGCCGAGUUGCGCGUUGCGCGCAGGCCUUCUGCGACCAGACUACAAGGUGCUCGGCCACCGCCAGCUCGUGCACACCGACUGCCCCGGCGACGCGCUCUUUGGCCUGCUGCGCACCUGGCCACACUUCACCGAGGUGAGUCUGCACCAUCCGUCCUCAGUACCAGGACACCACACCCGGUGUAUGCAGGCUUAG